AGAGGCAGGGGAGGGGGGGGGAACAACCCCAGGCAGGUAAGGGGGUUGAACCUACUCCAAACCAGGAGCAGGCCCCAGCUCAGCCUGCAGAGGGCCCCGAGGGUGUGGAAGCUGCAAUCCAACAGGAGGCACCAGCUCAGUUUCCAGACAUUCCUCUGGAGGCUGAACCUCUUUCUCUGCAAGAGCAGUUGGCUGAGUCUCCUGAGGAGGCUGAAACUUCAGUCCUGCAGCAGGCCUCAUCUCAGUCUCCACAGAAUAAUAAACCCACAGUUAUACCACCAGGUCACAGUCAAGAUCAUCAUUCAGUCUUGACGAAUGUCCUUAAACCUGUGGGUCUGGAGUUUACCACAAUACAGCCUGCUGAUGUGGUGGGAACUUCUUCAAUCCACCAUGAGGAUGCAUCUCAGCCCUUAGUGCCAGUUAGUAAUGAAGAACUUUCUGGAACCCAGCAUGAGGUCCCAACUCUGGCUGUAGAACCUCCCGAGGCACUUGAACCUUUUCCAGUUCAACAGGAGGCUGUCAAUCAAUCUCCAGAACCUGCUAGAGAUGAAAAACCAUCUCCAGCCCAGCAAGAGGCCACAGCUGAGCAAUCACAGGCUCCAGAGGAGAUUGAAGCUUCUCUAACUGAAACUUCGCUAGCAGAGCAGGAAGCCCCAAUUGAACUUUCACAGGCCAUUGAAGUCAAGCCCUUUGUAAGUCAUCAGAAGGCCCCAGUUCAGCUUCCAGCAUCUCCUAUGGAAUAUACCACAUAUCCUUUCCUUAAUGAUGAGAUAACAUUUUCACCUCUACCUCUGCAUAAAACUCAGCAUCCCAUGGUGCCUAACACCAAAGUUAAACAUGUGGCACUGGGGCUGGUAACUCCAGAACCCACUACAGAGGUUGAAUAUUCUUCAGUCCAGCAGGAAGACCUUAUUCAGCCUCUAAUUGCCACUGGGCAGGUUGAAUUUCCUCCAACCCAGUCUAAUCUUCUUUCCCAGCCUCCAGAACCCCAUAUAAAGUUUGAGUAUUUUCCAGCCCAUCAAGAGGCCAUAGCUCAGGCUCCAGAUACAUUUAAGAAGGUAGAACCUUCUCCAGACCAGUUGGCAGAGCCUUCUUCGGCCUAUCAAGAGGCCCCUCCUCAGCUUCUAAGGCCCCCUAAUGAGCUAAAACCCUCUUCAGUCAAGCAGGCGGCCCCUGUUCAGUCUCCAGAGUCCCUUAUGAUGGUAGAACCUUCUCUGGCUCAGCAGAGGGCCCCAUCUCUACCUCCAGAGCUCCGUGAGGAGAUGGAAUCACUUCCAACCCAGCAGGACAUCACAGCUCUUCCCCCAGAACCACUUAAGAGGGUGAAAUCUGCUCCAGUCAAACAAACGACCCCAAGUCAACUUUCAGAGCCACGUAAGGUGGUUGCAGCUGAAAGUCCAGCAUCUUAUGAGAUGACAGUUCCAACAUCAGGUCAUCAAACUCAAUCUCCAACACUGCCCAGUGUUGGAUUUCAGCCUUUGGAUCUGAUGGUUACCAUAACUCAAGAACCUACUAUAAGGGUUGAACAUUCUACAACCUUGAAGACUACAACUCGACAUCCAAACCUGGUUCAGACUCAGUAUCCAAACCUAAAUGAAGUCACAGUUCAACCUGUGGAUGUGGAAGUCACAAUAACUUCACAGCCUACUACAGAGGAUGAACUUGCUCCAGCCCUGCAGGAGACCCCAACUCAAACUGCUACAGAGGGUUUUGUACCUCGACCCACAGUAUAUCAAGAGGUGACAGUUCCAACAACACCAAGUCAGGGUCAAUCUCAGUAUCCAACAUCACCUGGUGUCACACCUGAACAUUUGGACCUGGGACUUACAGUUACUCCUGAACUCAGUAUGGAGGCUGAACAUUCUACAGGGUUGAAGGAAACUACGGCUCCUCCAAAGUACCCUGAGGUGGCACUUCCACAUUCAGGUGGGGUUCAGGUUCAGAAUCCAAACCUGACUGAAGUCACCAUAACUCCACAACCUACUACAGAGGAUCAACUUGCUACACCCAUGCAGGAGACCCCACAACCUCCAACGGUAAUUAUUGUAACUCAACCCUCAGUAAAUCAGGAGGUAACAGUACCAACAACACCAAGUCAGGGCCAAUCCCAGUAUCUAACCUCACCCAGUGUCACAACUGCACAUUUGGACCUGGGACUUACCAUAAGUCCAGAAUCCAGUACAGAGCUUGAACCUUCUCCAGUCAUGGAAGACACCCUAACGCAGCCUUCAGAACCUUCUAAGGAGUCUGAAUCUCAGCCUGCAGCAUAUUAUGAAACAAUAAUCCCAACAUCAGCUCAAGAUCAAUCGCAGCAUUCAGCAUCUUCCACCAUCACAGUUCAACCUUUUGACCUAGCACUUACUAUAACUCCAGAAUCUACUCUGGAAUUUAAACAUCCUUCAGCCGUGAAGAAGACUGUAGCUGCAUCUAAGGAGGUUGAAUCUCAAUCUCCAGUAUAUUAUGAAAUAGUCCCAACAUCAGCUCAAGAUCAAGCUCAGCAUCCAGUGUCGUCCAGCGCCACAGGUCAACCUUUGGACUUAGUGCUUACCAUAACUGCAGGGAUUAAACAUCCUACAACCCUGCCAAAGACUGUAACUCCAUAUCUACACCAGGUUCAUACUCAGCGUCCAACCCUACCCCAAGACACAUCUCACCCUUUGAAUCUGGAAAUUACUACAAAUCAGCCACCACGGUCUUCUGAGUCAGUUAGUCUGUCUUCAAAAACUCUGAUGAUGACUUCUAGAAUGGAUUUAAAUGCGCAACCAGAACUGAUCACCACUGUGAAUGGCAACCUGUGUGAUCUCUGUAGCUGCAUAAAUGAGACAUUGUCAUGUGUGGGUCUCAACUCAAAGCAGAAGCUCCAGCAAGUGCCUGUGCCAGACCCCAGCAUUCACAAUGACACCUUCACCGUCUUGUAAGUAUCAGUUUUCCUCAUUUGUUCUCAUCCUGCCUG